AUGAGCCCCCGGGCUACGGGCUGGGUAAGGAGGCUGUCCUUAUUGAGAGUCAGGCCCCUGGGGUGGGCGGUGGGCGGCACGCCCUGCUCAGGUGGCCGCCGCAAGGGGAGGCCCGCGAUCGAUCGCUCCGGGGUGAGGGGUGGGAGUGCGGUCGACAGGCGAUUGGCGCCGUGGAGUCCUCAAGAGGAGGGAGGAGCCCCGGGAGGUGCGGAGUCGGCGCGGCCUCCUUCCUCGCGCUGGCGUCUGCAGCCCGGCAGGACCCUCCCCCAGGGGAUAUAUUUUUUUAAGGUUUUUGAGUUUGGGAAGUAUAGCAGGCCUGAAGAACAAAAAUUACUCUUCAGGGAAAGAAAGCAAUCCAGUCUUAACAAUAUAUCCACAAUGUUCAGUGUACAAUCAAAAAUUGCUAGACGUGCAAAGAAACAGCAAAAUAUCACACGUGUAGAAAGAAAUCAGUUGAUUGAAACUGACCAGGAGAUGGCCCAGAUAUUGGAUUUAAAAUACAAAGACAUAUCAACGGCUAUUAUGAAGAAUUGUGAAGUCUUGAUGGAAAAACUGGACUUAAUGAUUGAAGAGAGAAAGGAAUCUCUUAAAAACGACCUAAAGGAAAUUUCAAGUGUAAAAAGUACAAUAUCUGACAUGAAAAAUCCAAAGAAAUCCAGUACCAGAAGAGACUGGGAACGAAUGAAAGAUUUAGCCUCACAAAAAACAGGGUUUUUAGAGAAGCUUAGAGAAAACUCUAAAAUAGUUGAGGAUGUUGAAAAUUUGACCUUUGAAAGAAAAGGAAUAAACAAGCCAAGUAGCAAAUUAGACAAAGCUAAAGAGUACAGUACUAACCAAGGUAAGAAAUUGUCCCCAAAUGAAUCACAAAAUCACAAAGUCAUGGAAAGUUUUGAAGAAGCCAUAUGCAUUAUUGAUGACCGUUGUAGAAACUGCAACAGCCGUAUAGAAGUUACAGGAGAGGACAGAGAGAAUCGAGAGGACGAACUAGUCGAAGAAGUGAGAGAGGAAAAAAUCCCUCAGAACUUCAAGACUAAAGAGAAAAUUCUAAAAGUCGCCAGAGAAGAUGAAGCAGCAGGACUCACACUGGCAGCAGACUUUUCAUCAGCAACACUGGACGUCCGUAAGCGAUGGAGUAAUGUCUUCAACAUCCUGAGGGAAAAUGAUUUUGAGCCUAAAUUUCUGUGCCAAGUUAAAUUAGCAUUUAAAUGUGAUGGUGAAAUAAGGACCUUUUCAGACAUGCAAAGCCUCAGCAAAUUUACCAGCCAAAAAUCCUUUAUGAAAGAAUUACUGAAAGACGUACUCCCACAAGAUGAAAAAAUAAAAAAAGGAAGAAAAUACGGGAUUCAAGAAAAAAUGGAUGAAACUCUAAUAGACUCACAGUAUGGAGCUGGGGGAACAACCAGUGAUGGCUUGACCUUUCUAUUUAUUAAAGAGGUGAAGGUCGCUGAGCCAGAGGAGGUGGAGAACUUAGAGACUCGGGAGCAACAGUCUUCAGAGUGGAAGGAAAAAGAGACCCUCCACGAGGAAGGAGCCUUAGAGCUGGAAAAGGAGGGAGAAGGGGCCUCAGAGCUGGAGGAGGAGGCUGAAGGGGCCUCAAACCUGGAGGAGGAGAGUGAAGGGGCCUCAGACCUGGAGGAGGAGAGGGCCUCAGAGCUGGGGGAGGAGGGAGAAGGGGCCUCAGUAUUAUGUGAGGAACAGGACUCAAACUUUCAGCAUCAUACUGUGGUAAAUCCAAAGCUUAGAGUUGAAGAAAUAGCCAGUGAUGACUUGAAGGUUCCUUUAAUUAAAGAGGUAGGAGAUUCUGAGCCAGAGGAGAAAGAAGGCUCAGAGUGGGAAAUGGACAUGUUCUUAACAUGGGAGGAAGGAAAGGAGUCCGAAGCAGAAAAGGUAAAGACUGCCUCCCAGAUUGAGAAAAAAGGGGCCUCACACACACUUAAGGAAACUGCCUUUAGUUAUUUGGCUUCGGACUCUGAGAAGGAAAAGUUGACAAAACAUCAGAUGGUACAAAAAACCCAGAACAAAGAGGAAACAGCUAUGCCCAGAAAUCAAGGAACUGGGACACUCUGUCCAAGCUUAUGUUUGGCCUCUCCCUCCAAAUCAGUAGAGAUAAGUUCUGAUAAGCAGAAAAAACAUGCGUGUACAAAUUUGAGUACUCCAUCAGGAAUUACCAAACUUUUAAGGAAAACUGAGAAAGAGAGACACAGUACUCUGCAAACAGAAGAGCUAACAUCUAAAGAAACAGACUUAAUACAAGGAACAGAAGAAAAUUUUAGAACAAGUGUAAUUACUGUCUUCAGAGAGAUACGAGAAGAGAUUGGAAAUAUUAAAAAUUGCCAUCCAGAAGUCUUGGAAAUAAACUCAGUAGAUGCUCUGAGAAGCAGAAUAGACGUACUUGAAGAGAGAAUGAAUAAUCUGGAAGAUCGAAUAGAAGAGUUCUCUAAGGAUACGAUGGAAAUGGCCAAGUGGGUAACAAAGAAAGAAAGAUUAAGAUACAUGGAGGAUAGAUCGAGAAGCUGCAACAUCCGUUUGAUAGGAAUUCCAGAAAAACAUAAUCAGGGGAAUAGAGCAGAGGAUAUAAUUAAGGAAAUGAUCCAAGAAAACUUUCCAGAGCUAAAGAAAGAGUCACGUCUUGAGAUUGCCUGUGCUUACCGAGUACCCAGUAAGAUUGAUAAGCAGAGACUCACUCCUAGACAUGUCUUGGUGAGAUUUUGGAAUUUCGGUGAUAGAGAGAAAGUCAUGAUGGCUGCCAGAGAGAAAAAAGAGGUAACCUACAGAGGAAAACGGAUCAGACUGACAGCAGACUUAUCAUUAGACACGUUGGAUGCUAGGAGUAAAUGGAGGAAUAUCAUAAGGGUUCUGCAGUCAAAAGGCUUCAACCCAAGAAUCCUAUACCCAGCCAUACUGGCAUUUGAUUUUGAGGGUAAAGCAAAGGCAUUUUUUGAUGUCAAAGAAUUCAGAAAGUUUGCUUUUUGCACACCCUCUUUGAAAGAAUUGCUGGAGGAUAUAAUCUAG